CUUAUCGCGACCAAAUGUAAUCGGAUAUCAAAGUUCAAAAGGCGAUAAAGCAGUAUGGAUCAACGAACAACAGUAAACAUAUGAUACAGUGUAUACGUGGAUGCAACAAAUGGAUUCAGCUGCCACAGUCCUGUAACAUAUUCUUACCGUUGGAGGCUUUUAUCCAGCAUACUACGAUUGUACUACUUUUUAUAAGCUAAUGGCAAAAACGUCAGCAAAACAACAAAAGACUGUCAAGUCCAGGCAAUUCUCUCAAAGUCCUCUGCAAGGGCGCGGCGAAUAUGAAACCUCGGGUAACGCUCAUGCUAACCGUCACCACAGUGUUACGGUCCUGAUACUAGCAGCUACUGUGGCAACGAUUGGUCUUGCUACAAUGUUCAUAGUGCGUGAAGAUCCCGAUAGUGGUCUCCACAUUACGGAUGCCGAUGCACAAGAAUUGUCUAUUCAAAAGGCAACGCUCAGUUCACAGAAGCAAGCUGACAAGAGGGUUGGCGAAUCUGACCGACUAGGGGCACGAAAUAUGUUCAAUCAGGAAUUACAAGCACCAGGUCCCAACCACAUGAAAGAAUUCCAGGAAACGAUCUUGAAGCAGCUCCAACCCAAGGACAUCACAGUGUCAGGACGGCCUGUCAGGGUUCGUGAGUUAACAGGCAACAAAGGGCGACCAGGAGCAGCAUCCAUUCGAGUUUAUCUCUUUGAGAACUUCUUAUCUGAUUACGAAUGUGAUGGUUUGAUGAGUGCCCACCACCGUCACGUGUCAGAGUACUCACAGGAUCCCAUAAUAUGUUUUGACUCUGUGGACACUCUUCAGAGACAUCUUCUCAACACAAAAUUCCACAAGGUCAAAGUCACAAGUCAAGAUUUCACAGAAGGAACUACUUGCGUGAAUUCAACCUUCUCUAAAGAUCUGAAAUCUAUCCUCGGCUGGUCUUUCAGCACGGCUUUCUAUCCAGGCGAAACUAAGUUUACAUCAGUAUUUGAUGAUCGCGUGUACAAAGCAACUGGACUCAAGCCAUCUAACGGCGGCAAAUACCAAAUCACGUCAUAUGGCAAGGGAAUUGGUUACAAAACACAUACAGACUGUACGAUUGGGAACAGAGAUCUUCGAGACCGAAUGGGCACUAUUCUGGUUUACCUGCAAGACGUUCUGGAAGGAGGACAAACAGAAUUUCCAGAAUUAGGUAUCAGCGUUGUGCCACGUAAGGGGCGUGCCAUUGUUUGGAACAACCAGGAUGCCAAUGGUAGAUGUGAUCCUUUCUCGCUUCAUGCAGCCCAGCCAGUUGUCAAGGGCCAAAAGAUUAUUCUUCAAAGAUGGUACUAUUAUCGGAAUUUCUACAUGUUGGGCAAGAGGCCAGAAGAGCCACAUCUACCACUGCGGGAGGAGCAGCAGCCAGUAGUGUCAUGUGAUGAGUAUGAUCAUGGUAGUUGUCGUUGGUAUGAUGAGUGGAGCUAUGAUCAUCUUGUUCAGUACAGACAAUUAAAAAAGCAGCUGCACUGAUAUGACCAAAAAUCAUAAAACAACUCUAAACCAGGCGAGAAUCCAGGGGGACCUCCCCUCCAAUCCGAGAAAAAGUUUAAAAAUUGGGAAAAUAAUAACAGAUUACUAAAGUAAUACGAAAAAUAGCUUUCGAUCAACCAAAGUGUACAAAGGUAAGUGCACAAUACCAUUAUAAAGAAUGAAUAUCAAGAAAUGUUUCAACAUUCUUUCCGAUGUCAUGUAAUAUUUCAUUUUGUCCGCAAAAUGAAACAUUAAGAAAAUCUCCUGCCUGACCCACCCUCCCCUCCCCGAAAAAAAAUCCUGGAUCUGUCCCUGUUUAGACAUCGAUUGGUCUUAGAACAAGAUUCAUUCUGAAUGACACGUUCCCUCCCCCAGUCCACUGUGCCAAUUUCUAACCAAUUUGAACAAGUACGCAAUUCUAAAUGAUUUUUUUUUAAAUCGAGUUACAUGUAACUAAAAUACAACCAAUAUUUAGAGCCAUUUUUCCACAUGUACAAUAACAGAAACAGUUAUUUGGAGGUAACUUUAAACCUUCAAUUUGAAUUCUGCUAAUUGGAACUGAAUAUGGUAUGAAAAUAAUACUGUGCGUAUACAUACAUGUAUGAAAAGUACAUUAAUGCUGUUAUAAUAUUCACAUAAAAUACAUUCCAGAUUAUUUUUUUACAUAUUUCAAUGCAUUAAUUUGAUUUAAACAGGAAUGCAUUAUGCCAGAAUGAUUUAAAUACAGAACUGGGGCUAUAUUUACAAUACUUGUAAUCUAAUAUUCCUUUUAUUAAACUUACCACAAGUUUAUUGACCUACGGGAUUGUGUGACACAUACCAUGCAUCACAGGGCCAGUAUAGCUCAGUUAUUUAGUGGAAUUUCUUUACUAAUAAAGUCAUGAUUACGUACGCAUUCACAUAAGCCUGUAUCCUUUGGUAUAUUUUCCAUUAAGCGGGACAAAUCUUUUGAUUAACUCUUUUUGGAGCAAAGGUGAUGAAUCUACUUAAGAUUCAUGUGUAGAAUCAACCGCUCUGUUCUAUUUAUUUUUAUCUGGCGUAUCAGAAAGCAUAAACGAUAAGUUUUGUUGAUAAGCGCCCCCAUGCGUUUUACCUGAACUUAGUCCCAUCUUAAAUACCGUUGAACCUGUAGGGCGCCCUCAAUCAUAUCACACUUUUCCUAAUCACGUUUUAUCGCCGACGUAUUAUCCAGUACUUUCCCAUCUAAGCCCCCCCCCCAAUAGUGGUCCGCGCGUGCGUCACUUUUGUUUCCACUUUUCCUAAAAAAAAAAUUAAAACAGCGCCCUCUAUUUCCGCUUUGCCUGAAUGAUCGCGAGUAGACUGAUUACUGGUCACAAGUCUACAAGUCGCAAAGGCAAUUUGUUCAAGGAACCAGACCAAUUUGUGGGUAGCUCAUACCUACCUGCGCUCGGUGAAGGUUACGUUGCUCUGCGUAAUGUGGAUGUCGAACACAAACAUUACACCAUGGACAGGUUAAAAAAUUGCAACCAGCUGAUCAAGAACAAUGGUUGCAUGACGUGCGACCUGCUACUACGAGCCUUUGCUAUUUGAUCAGGCCUAUUAGUAAAUCAAUUCGUUUAAUGUACAAAUGACCUUUGAAAAAGUUCAUUCGCGCAGGCACUGGCGUAUGAUUGUGGGACAUGUUGCUACUUUAUCUUGAAGACCCAAAAUUAUGACUCUACAGUAAUCAGUCGUCAAUGUCAGAUGCCCACUGUGUUUGUUUAACUUCAUUUAUGCGGUUAUUGAUAGAUGAAGGGUAUGUGGGCCCAUUGUGUGCUCUAAGGUAGCAUUUAUUAAAGGACUUGUCUCGAGCUUAACAUGAACUGGCAGCCAUCUCUCUUUCAGAUAGCCCUACCAUUCCUGAAUCCUCCAAUUUUAAUAUGAUUUUGCACACACCCUAGGGAGUUAGGGUUAAUGUACAGGAUGGGGAUGACACUUGAGGGCGCUUUUCACUACAUGUAUUUGCUAUCUACAUGUGGCUAUAUGUGCAUGUACACGUACAUGUAACACCCAUAUACAUGUAUAUCACACGAUCCCCUUUACACAGGUUAUUUAGGACACGUACGUGUAUGGGCGCACAGGGAUUCUCAUUUAUUUCCUUUUUAAUAUUUCCUCAUUUAGAACUCACACGGGAUUAUAAGAAGAAUGUACAGAAGCACUAUCCGGUCCAUAAUCCUCACGUUUUUUCAUAGUGCUUUUUCUUCUCUUAAAAUUUUUUACAUUUAUAAACGAGGAUAUUUGAAUAAUCACAAUAUUUAAUAUAAAUGAAGAAGUUAUGAAAAGACUGCUUACAGAACCUUAUGUUUUUCUUCUAUUAGCUCUCGAAUUGAGUUCUCCAAUAAAAGUUUCAAAAGUAUUACAAUGAAAUGUUUUUAAUCUUAUUUUUAAUAAGGAAUGCAUCGCUAUAAUGAUACGCAGGUUCGUUUCAAAAUUGGCAUCAAAAGUACUUACUAAAUUAAUCAUAUUAAGUAAUUGCAAAUAUUGUUUUAUUACCGUUUGAUAAUAUUGAGCAAAUUCAUUUCAAAUUAUAACGUAUGUAUACUUGUCACAAUACUACGUUCCUAAUCGUUCUCAUCAAAUACAAAAUACACACACAUAAAGUUUGUAAAUGGUAAUAAACUGUGAAAAAUUUGCAGUUUAAGUUUCUUAACUAUGUUUUUCAAUUUAUUGUUUCCAUACAAAGCUGUUCUGUAUUUCAAGAAAUACCUUGCUUUCUUACCCAAUCGUUAUAUUUUGUGCACAGCUGAAAACAUCAUUCAUGUAAACCAUUCUUCAGAGGGAAAUUUUUUUUUGGCUAAAAUUUUUAACCAUUUUCUUGGUACGGCCUUUCUUAAUAAAUACGUUUCCGCUCACCGAUUAUGUAUCAGGAUGAAUGUGUCUAUAAUAAAGUCAGUAGAGAAUUAA